AUGCAGUCGCAAGUCUCCUCGGAACAACUCCAAUUCUACAAGGACAACGGCUACCUCGUUCUUAGCGCUAAGGAGCAUAACCUCGUUGCCGACCCCGGGGAGCUCAAAGUGUGGGCAGAGCAGGUUCGAAAGUGGCCUCUUGAGAAGGGUAAAUGGAUGCCCUACUUUGAAACGACUACUUCCGGGAGCAGACAGCAAAUGAGGACGGAAAAUUUUGUCGACUAUCAUGCGAAAUGGGGCGAAUUACUUCACGGCGAAGGGCUACGCGGUAUUUUGAAGCAAUUAUCAGGCGAGGAUAUGAUCCUUUUCAAAGACAAGAUCAACUACAAGCUACCUAACGGAAACGGCUUCCACGCUCAUGUGGAUUAUCAUGCCUAUAGCCACAUCGGCGAUAUCGCACAUCUUACAGCAAAUAUUGCUGUGGAUGAAGCGACAGUCGCCAACGGCUGCUUGGAGGUGGUCCCCGGCUCCCACAAAACGACAAUUGAGUUUGCCAAUGGAGGCAGGAUAAGUCAGAAAUGGGAAGACAGCCGCGAGUGGACACAAGUUCCGCUCAAACAAGGAGACCUUUUGCUGUUUGGGAGCCACUUAGCUCACCGUUCACAAAGCAACACAACAGACAAGAGCCGGACUAGCUUGUAUGCAACUUUUUAUAUGGCCAAGGACGGUAAGGACCUGCGAAAAAAGUAUUACGAACAUCGCAGGAAAGUCUUUCCCCCUGACCAUGAGAGAGAAGAGGGGAAUGAGUAUGAGCAGGGAUGGAAGACGUAUGGGUUUGCGGCGCCGUUUUCCACUGUUCCUACCAAGGUGGAAAACAAUUCAUCCCAUGACGAGGAGAUGUAA